CGCACGUGUAUAUUCAUUGAUUUAGGCCUUCUACGUGGACCUCAUCCAUGAUGUCGUUUUGAAGAGCCGCGAUCACUUCAUUAAUACUAGGGGUAGUAGUUGAUGUACCAACUUACAUACUAGCUGCAUACUUACGUAUCCAAAAAAAUUAUGAAACGAUCGGUCGACGACGACAGCGUGUGAGCGUGCUCGCCUGACUCGUGUCUAUGAGUUCAAGUCUUUGUUUUGCUCUUGUUUUAUCAGAGCGCUUACAUCUAGAUCGAUCCGACAGCGCGAUGAUGGUGGCAGCAUGCGAGGAGAAGAAUGAUGAACUGGAGCUGCAUAAACAAGGCAAUGGAAUACCCCUGCGUGGUGGUGAGGUUUGUCAACAGAAUCAUUCUGAUAUGCUGUUAAGGCUCCUUUGAACAUUUGUGAUUUCGAUUUUCACAGAACGUUGGGGAGAUAAAGAUCCCAGGAUGUUGUGCCAGAGUUUCGACAUGGUAUUCUUUGGAAUAAAAAAUCAAUCUGGUAAGAUACAUAUUGUAAUGCUAGCUCCGUAAUAGAUUAAAGCUAGAUGAAGUAGAAAUCAGAAUGCGUCGCCGACGAGUCUCUCCUCUAUAUCGAGUAUUCUCGUCUAAUGUUGGCAAGAACAACAAAUGUGGAGCCGGAAGAAAGGAAGGAUCGCAUUUCUAUGGUGCAGGAGGAGGAGAGGGAAGGACGUUCUUCGGUGUUUUCUAUCGAAGAAAAGCGCUUGUUGCUGAAAUUUGCGAGCAAUCCGGCUUUUGGAAGAGCGCUUGUGAGGUAUUCACGAUGUCAUUCGACGCCUAUCCCUGACGUUUGGGCUCCUUUCUUAUGCGCGGAGUUUUGUAUCGGUCACUCUAUAAUUAAAUGCGGUAGGAUUUUCAAGUGGCUUUUAGCUGAUUUUGCAGAUUUGCUGAUCAUUUUCUGGCUUGGGCGCCACCUUAGCGCUAUGAGGAACCAUCUACUUUUACUGGGAGAGUGACAGAAAACCAGCUCCGGCGCUAAUUCUCUCUCUCGUGAAUUGGGACAGGGUAUUGCGUGGGGAGGAGCGGAGCAGUUGCAUUUACGUCCGAACCGGCCUGUUGCAGAAGAGUGUCUUCGUGACCGUUUUACAAAACGCUAAAGACGUUGGGAAGGACGUAUGCUGAUAGUUUGUGUAAUCGCAGAUGUUACAUGUUGUUACUUGUAUUGUAAACAGACGAAUCCUUUAUCGCCACCAAGAGACCUUCAACUACAUUCACCAACUUCUAUAAUAAAUAGUAGGAGCACGAGCAGUGUGAUGAAUCUAAAUUUUUUUCAGGUAGUGGUGGUACCGAAAUCCUGGGUGGUGACUCUCGAUGCGGACUGGGACCCGGUUGAGGAUUCGCGCCUCUUAAAGGAGAAGCUCAGUCGCACCGGGUCAUUGUGUUACGCCUCACGAUCAUAAUCCGAAUUUCUUCCGCGUGUGUUUAUGUAUUCGUUUUUUUUCUUCUACGGCGUGUGAAGGAUCUCUAACCUAACUUAACCUAACCUAACCUACGGCGUUAAAUAACUGCUCAUCUCCACACUGCAUCUGAAAUGCUGCUUAACAACAAGCACAAGCUCUAAUGGUAUGACGCGGGCUACGUGGUGAAGCCGUCGCAGGGCAAUCGGGGUGAAGACAUCCAUUUUUUUAACCGGCCUUCCGAUGUAGUGACAUGUCUGCAAAUGUUAAUGUUGCAUUCAAAAUCCAAGAAUCUGAAGGGCGAGGACGAACCCAGCGACCCCGUAGCACAGGAUUACGUUGUGCAGCAGUACGUCCAGCCUCUUCUAUUGCCUGCGUUCGAAAGUUAUGUAUGUAAAAGCAGUCAAAAAUCCAUGACCAUGUCUUGACGCGCCCGACUAGUACCUGCUCCAGUCCUUGUCGUGAUUUUAGUAUACCAUAGAUAUACCUAGAGCUGUGACAGAAUCAAUGUCAACACUCAUAAAAGCGCGAUUUAUGGAAAUGGAUUUUAGACUCUAUAACCCAUGUCUAUAAGAAUCGGAAGUUUCAUAUUCGAGCGUUGGUGUUGGUGCUCGGCGAUACUGCCAGUGGAAAAUGGAGCGUGUGUUUGCAUCGCCCGUCACUAGUUUGCCUCUUUGCCAAUAAGACUUUCGCGGACCUUGCAGGGGGUAGCGGUGUGGCCGGUUACGGCGCACUGACCUACUAUACUUAAUCACCAGGGAGUAGAUUAUCCAGAACCGUGGUAUUAGAGAAAGGAGUUGUGUUGAUUUUCCUGUCGUACGGCAAUAUAUCGACUUUGAACCAGCAGGACACUAUAACAAGGAGAGAGGGAGUUUGUGGAAAGCCUCGGAGAGCAAAGCUUGUAUGCUGCUAUCUACAUACUCUUGAGAUCCUUGAGAAAGAAGCUGAGGACAGAUACCCUGGGUCUCUGGUGCAUCUCCUACUUGCAACAUCAUUGCAUUCUCUGCUCAUCUGUCGUCCCACGCAUCAAGGGCCCUUGCAUUCUCAAAAAUCGUGGGCUGUCCUCUUUCAGAAUUUCGCGCCGGCUGCAGAUGACUCGACGAAUGAAGUCCAUUUGACAAACCACUGCAUCAGCAACAGGUCGGCGGUUUUGCUCGAAGAGGUGCUCGGCGUUACGAGCAUUAAUGAGACUUCAACAGCAACGUCUCCUAGGACCUCGCGAGGAAUUUCUACUGGCACUUCUUCUACAGCAUGCACCUCUGCUACUGGGCCGGCGACCACUAGCAGUGCUGAUACUAGUACUUUGGAAACUAGCACACCUUCUACAACUAAUGGUGUUGCUCGUACAACUGCAUAUCAAGGACAAGUAGAAAUAUCUUUGGCAGAUGUGAUUCGACAGAUUGAGGAACAACUUGCAGUUAUUUUUCGAGCAUACGAGAAAAGGCCGCUUCUGUUUUGUCCGCUUCCGCACAUGUUUGAGCUCUUUGUUAAGAAAGGAACGACUUUACUGGUGUUACUGCUUCCACUGGACGACUACUUUAUCUGAGUAUCUGCUACUUUAUCUGAGUAUAAAGUAGUCGUCCACUGGACGACUACUUUAUCUGCGGUGUUACUACUUUAUCUGUGUAUGUACAGAAAAGUGGCCGCUCAGCUCUUCCUGACAUGACCUUAGCUCUUCCUUCGUCCUCUCUUCAUAUUUUCAUCGAAUACAAUGAAUACUUAUCCGUAAAUAUCAACGCGAACCCAACCUGUGCUGAAAAGACAUCAUCUAGUAGAGGUCCUUUACCUUCUGUGUAGUUGAUGUGAUCAUUUCAUCUUAAUGUUUUGUAGUGUGUCGUAUUUUUCAGGAGGCAGGCACAGGCCAUCCUCGUACUCAGGAACAAAGGUUAUCUGUGCCCCGACAGGAUAAGUAAUAGAAGUAGGAGUGUAAGCACGUUUAUUUUCGUUUUCACGACAUGUACUCCUAGUAGAUAGGAGCAAUAAAUUGGUAGUUGUACCAUUUGUUUCUGGACUAGAUGGAACGAAUUAAGAAGGUUCUAUUCGUUCUUCUUGUUGUAUUCGAAGUCUUGAAAUAAGCGAGUUGCUGACUGAAAUAAGGGAGGUAGCAGUGACACGGCUACUCUUCCUUGUUCAGUAUCUUGGUUAUGCGGAUCGGUUAUUUACUUAUUUCAGUUUAUCGAAUACUUAGUUGGGAGGUCUAACUUAUGGUUCGACUUUCUGAUCGAUUCCGCUGGAAAAGUGUACGCUUUGGAAGCUAAUGGCGGGCCUUCCUUCGCGAUGUACGACCGGAGUCUCGCGGACGGCAUAGUCCAAGAUCUUUGGCACUUUCUAAGAGACGAAGACACAACUACAGCAGCCAAUGCAACACGAUCACGAGAAAAAGACGAAGAUGCCAUGACGACAGCGAGAGUCACAGCUUCGAUUAUGCGUGGGAAGGAAAUAAUUGCAAUCAUACUCUAGAAUUUUGGGGUCUGCUCAAGAAUUGUGGGAUUUGUAUUAUAGAUCUGCUCAAGAACCACACCAACUGGACCAAUCAUGUAGAUAAGAUUCUUCACACUUCUGCCAAGCUUGAAGAGUCUGGCUAGUACCCCAACUCCUCUGAGCAUGUGAAAAACCUUAAUCUUUUUCAUAUUGAACCCGUCUAGGAGCGGCUGGUUUGGUACUCCUUCGCUGAACCUUGACGCGCCAUUCACACUUCCGACCGCGCCACUCGUAUGCCCGCAGCCGCAUCCUGGACAGCAAGAAGAGACCACGGCUCAUGGUAGUGGACGUCGUGGUCGUGAGGAUGAUGUCGUUGCUCAUCAUAUUCUGCAGAAUGAACAGAGGACCCUUCUUCACGCUCCGGACGCAGAGCAAAGUCUGCCAUGGGACGGCGAUGGUCCAUUGUCCUCGCGCGACAGUACCCAGUUGUUAAGGCUACAUUCUCUAUCAUCCUACUUCUGACUGGGCCACUAUGUGUCCUGAGUGAUAUCUCAGUGGAGGACGAGAAGUCAAUAGACUUAGACCAGGGACGAUUCAUUUUUAGGCGGGAGGUUCAAGGCAUUACUGAGGCCGGGAUGAUGCAAAACUAGUACCGCUAAAACUAGCUUCGUCGAGUAGCAGAAGUUGGCGUCAAGUAUACAGGAGCCAAAAAGUGCUUUUUGGUGCAACGUGCUUGCAAGAACUGCUGAAUGCCUUUGAAAAACGUAUUAACGCUUGCGGUCGGAUGGCACGAGCGCUCGCUGCCUGAGCACGCAGGCGGCCUCCCUGGUGACAGAAGCGCUCUCGCAUCGAACGUGGAGGAGACGCCAGGCAAAGUGUUUCGGCUGUAGGAAGGAUAAACAUGAAAAAAGUGCGAACGAGAAAUCAUGCGGAACUUUCGCAUGGAUCGGCUUCAUUGCGAGCUGUGAAUUUUCGUAUCGAGGCGUAUCAGUAAUUAAGCACGUGCUGCAGGCGCUAACACGAAGUCGCACCGACGUCAUCAGGGUCCUCCACCAGAAUCAGAAAUCCAUGUUUUCUAGUCAGUUUUGGGGUACACCUUUGUCUGCCUGGUGGAGGUUGUACAGUGCACGAGAGGAAAGGGUGUGUCUGGAUUUGCACGCGUCUUUCCUGGAGGCUGCGUCAUACCUUUGCGUAAGCCAGCGUGUUUUGUUCCCCUUUAUAUGAGUGCUCUGCCGUGAAGGUAGACUAUUCUAGGUGACCAUUUACCGUUUACCACGAACAAACAUGACAUGGCGACAUUUUUAGGACACUAAUUUGGGAUCUAUGUUCUUGAGUGGAUCGAAUUCAACCUAAAUAAGGGUGGUGAGGCAAAAGAUUUCCAUGAGUGUCCGAAAGAACAAGGCAGGCGCAUGCGGGUGAGUUUAUAGAUACAUGUUUAUUCAUAUUGUUUACGAUUGACACGUGCAUGCAGCUGAUGCGGUAGCCUGACAAUGUUGGCGUAUGCAGGUCGGUGAUGCUAGACGGGUCCCGUAUCAGACCCGUGCUUGUCUGGA